CUGGAAUCAAUCGAUCGCACUUCCUUCGCGUGAGCGCGCGUUCAUGGUUCAGUCUGCUGUGAGCGCGCUCUCUUAGCCUCUCAGAUGGAGUUUCUCAUCGGCAGCCCGUUUUCGUCUCCUGUCGGACAGCGGAUCCAGAGAGCCACCAGUGCUGCUCUUCAGACGGAGGACUGGAGCCUGAAUCUGGAGAUCUGUGACAUCAUCAACGAGACGGAUGACGGACUCAAAGAUGCAGUGAAAGCGUUAAAGAAGAGGAUUGUGGGUAAUAAGAACUUCCGGGAGGUGAUGCUGGCUCUGACUGUUCUUGAGAUGUGUGUGAAGAACUGUGGCCAUCGUUUCCAUGUGUACGUCUGCUCCAGAGAGUUUGUGGAGGGCGUCCUGGUCCGAGCGAUUCUGCCCAAAAACAACCCCCCCAUGAUCCUUCACGACAGAGUCCUGAGCCUGAUCCAGGCCUGGGCCGAUGCCUUCCGGAGCAAUCCGUCUCUGUCCGGAGUGGUGGACGUCUAUGAGGAUCUGAGGCGGAGAGGCCUGGAGUUCCCCAUGACGGACCUGGACUGUCUCUCGCCCAUCCACACGCCCAGCAGGAGUAUUCCAGAAAACGGUGUGUCCUCCUCAUCUGUGUCCCCGUCUCAGACACACACCUCACCAUCAGACGGACAGCGGGGCCCUGACGAGAAGCGGAAGCUGAGAUCUGAACUGGAUCUGGUCAAAGGAAAUCUGAGUGUAAUGACUGAGAUGCUGAACCACAUCAAACCUGGAGAGACGUCAACAUCAGACGCAGAACUGCUGCAGCAGCUGUAUUCGGUGUGUAAGCAGAUGCAGCAGAGGGUUGUGGAGUUGAUUCCCAAUCUGUCUGAUGACGAGAUGAUCGGGGAACUCCUGCUGGUCAAUGAUGAUCUCAACAAUGCGUUCAUCCGCUAUGAGAGGUUUGACAGACUGAACCUGCAGAGAUCAAACCCAGAAGAACAGGAGUCGCAGACUGAGACAGAAAACCUUAUUGACCUCGGGCCUGAGUCUCCAUCGCCCAAUCAGAACACACUCCCAGCUGUCAAUCAACCCGAGCCCCGCCCUGCAUCCGACCGCACGAGCAGCUCAGCGCUGGAAGAUGAAGAGUUUGACAUGUUUGCUCAGUCGAGGAGCAGCUCUCUGGCCGAACAGAGGAAGAGUGUGCGGUACGAGGACCCCGGCGCUGUGGAGGGUCUGGCUGAAGCUCUGGACACACGUCUGCAGGUCACAGCAGGGGGCUCUGAGAGCGACUGGGUCCGUCAGUCUCAGUGGAUUUACAGCGAGGCUCUGGCUCCAGCUCCGCGCAGCUCAGCCAUGGAUGAAAUCGAGAGGUGGCUGUCUGCAGAGAUGCCUGAUGUUGAUGACAGUGAGGGUGUGACGAGUGAAGAGUUUGAUCAGUUUCUAGCAGGAAGAGCUCAAGCUGCGGAUCAUCUUCCCUCGAUGAAGAGCGUCUCGUCUGUCGGUGUCGGUCCCUCGAGCCCUCGUCAGACAGCACAGGAGCAGAACCACGAGCAGAUCUUCCGGCUCUGAGAUCCGCAUCACUUCCUGUCGCUCAUCGAGUGAGGAAGACUCCACAGUAAAGCCUCGUCUUCAUCUCACUUCAGCUUGGUCUCUAACUCUCAGCCUGGCUCUGGAUGUGUGGGAAACGUCUGAUAAGAAACACCCUGAACGCUGUUUGCUGCUGGUGUAAUGUGUGUAUUAAUGUGUGUUUCACUGGGUACAGCAGCAUUAAUUUAUGUUGUGAAUUAACCACAAGAUAAGGACUCUCAUACCUCUGACUGAAUGUCAUCAUCAUAUUAAAUAUACUCUGUUCACGGUUGUGUCCUUUACUGUGAUUCACUCAAACUCAGUGUGUGACGGAGAUUCAGAUUCAACACCAAACACUAGAACAUCCUGGAUAUUAUGAACAAUCUGCAGUUCUGUCAUCUGUCUCUUUAAAUGUUUGUGCUGUUUAAACUCAGAUGAUUACUCUCAGCUGGAGAUAUUAAUGUUUUACAGUGAAUCUGUUGAUGUUGUGUAUCAUCAUAGUUAUGCUAUAGGAUGAUUAUUAUUAAAAUCUUAUUCUUAUCGUC